AUGAAAGCCGCUUGGGAAGCUAUGAGAAAACCAAAGAGAAACGUCGGCGCGAUUUUUCUCAAGCAGAACAGCGAUAUGCCGCGGAAUAUCUUGCGUGGUCUUAAAUAUAUCCACUCGGCGAAUGUGAUUCAUCGCGAUCUGAAGCCGUCGAAUAUCCUGCUCAAUAGUAAUUGUGAUCUCAAAAUUUGUGACUUCGGAUUGGCUAGAAUAACAGAUCCUCGUAAAGAUCAUACCGGUUUCCUGACGGAAUACGUCGCAACACGGUGGUAUCGUGCACCAGAGAUCAUGCUCAAUUCCAAGGGCUACACAAAAUCGAUUGAUGUUUGGGCUGUGAGUCUUUAA